CGUCUCCUCAUGAGAUAGAGGCCCGUAUGCCGUGCGGUCUGGUCAAAGGUCACGCCUACUCCGUUACCAUGGUGAAGCGGGUGCGUGUGGGCCACGGGCUGCUGGCGUUCUUUAAGAACGAGGUGGUUCCACUCCUGCGCAUGAGGAACCCCUGGGGGCAGCACGAGUGGAAGGGGGCCUGGAGCGACAGCUCAGAGGAGUGGGCAAAGAUCGGUGACACGGAGCGGGGCAACCUGGGACUCACCGUGGAGGACGACGGCGAGUUUUGGAUGUCUUUGGAGGACUUCUGCCGCUAUUUCACUGAUAUUGACGUGUGUCGUGUGAUUAACACCUCGGCCCUCACCAUACAUAAGACCUGGCACGAAGCAGUGCACCAUGGGAGCUGGACGCGCCAUGCAGAACCUCUAAAGAACCGCUGCGGGGGCUGCAUGAACCACAAGAGCACUUUCCUACAGAACCCACAGUAUCUGUUUGAGGUCCCUAAGGAGGAGGAUGAGAUCCUGAUCUCUCUUCAGCAGAGAGACAUGAAGGUGCACAGAUCCAGAGGUCAAGGAGAAAACCUCACCGUCGGAUUCGCUCUCUUUAAGGUGGAGCGAAACAGGAAGUACCGCAUGCAUGACAUCAUCACCCAGCAGAACGACGCCACAUCCACCUACAUCAACGCUCGUUCUGUCUUCAUGAGGGUCACCCUGCCGAGGGGGCGCUACGUGGUUAUCCCUUCAAACUUCGAGCCUGGGCAUCUUGGAGAUUUCAUGCUGAGACUCUAUGCUGAUGAGGACUCUGAAUGCAGGGAGCUGACAGUAGACACGCCGCGGGUGCGCUGCUGGACCUCGUUGGUGGGCUAUCCUCAGAUGGUGUCCCAGAUCUACAUCCAUGGGGCCGAGGGCCUGCAGAACCAGGACAGCAACGGAGGUGCCGACCCCUAUGUGAUAAUAUCCUGUGAGCGGUCCUCGGUCCGUUCUAACAUCCAGAAAGACACUCUAGCACCGCUGUUUGACACCAGAGCCAUCUUCUACCGACGGAACCCACGCAAGCCCAUCACUGUGGAGGUGUGGAACAGUAACUCUGUCAAAGACCAGUUCAUGGGUCAAGUGGUCCUCACUGCUGACCUGAACGACCGAUCAGAGCCUCAGAAGCUGCAGCUGCGGAAGCGAGGCAGCCAGGCGGCCGACGAGAUGCCCGGCACCAUCGCCCUGAGGGUGGUCUCCGCCCGCGACCUCACCGCCAUGUGAACACCGCCACCAGAUUGGCUGACGGCUGGUCGACUGAGAGCUUGUCAUUAGAGCUGCUCAUUUCUGCUUCCUGGAGCUGCCGCAACACAUGAACGUUAGCCCUGUCCCGCUGCUAACUAGCUUGCCUGUCUGAAAGCUUGUUAAGUAUAGGAUUUGUUAGACUGAUACAGAAUUAUUUCAGAGAAUAGCCAUAUUUACAUCAAUAUAUUCACAAACACUUUGAAGCUCAGGUAAUCAUGAGACAAGUUUACAUUUAAACCGAUAUUUUGUAUGUACCACAAGGACAGUACACCUUACAAUGUGCAGUUUACAGUUUUUUUCCAAGCCAAGGAAGUUCAGUUUUCUCUGCCCGCAGUUUGUACGUGACCACAGUGCCGUCUCAGAACACCUUGAACAAAGAUGAAUAAAACAUUUGCCAAAUUACA